AUGACAAUACCCAUGAUAAAUCAAGAGAUUAUAAUAUAUGGGUUCAUAUUGAUGCUGCAUAUGCAGGAAGUGCAUUUAUUUGCCCAGAGUUAUCACCAUUUUCUUCGUGGUAUUGAGUGUGCUAACUCAUUUAGCCUCAAUGCACAUAAAUGGUUCUUCACCACUUUGGAUUGUUGUUGUCUUUGGGGAAAGGAACCAAGUGCCCUAAUCAAACCUCUCUCAAAUGAUCCGGAGUAUUUGAAGAACAAGGCUUCUGAUUCAAAACAAGUGGUGGACUACAAAGACUGGCAAAUAGCAUUGAGCAGAAGAUUCCGAGCAAUGAAACUAUGGCUUGUGCUCAGAAGCUAUGGAGCAUCAAACCUCAAAAACUUCAUAAGGGGUCAUGUAAAAAUGGCUAAACAUUUUGAACGGCUCAUAGCCAUGGACAAGAGGUUCAAGGUCGUGGUUCCUAGAAAUUUUGCAAUGGUUUGUGUUUCGCCAUUAAUGCUGGGAAAUGCUAAUUAG